CGCUAUUUAAGGGGCCGAGGCUGAGUCUCCCCCGACUUCCCUGCUUGGGCGCACUCGGCACUCAGUGCUCCCAGCUCGAGCGGGACCUUGGAAAAGCGCAGCAGAAAGCAAUGUCCAGCGGGCUGUGCAUCUGCGUGUUUCUCGCCGUGCUCUCGGUGAGCUGCCUGGGACAGCACCCUCUGGGCUCGCACGGUGGGAAUGCUGUGCCUGCCGAGCUGGAGCAGAGCCUGACAGAACAGCAGCGGCACUCCCGCGCUCCGGCCGCCGGGCCCCUGAAGUCCCUGCAGCGGCUGGAGGUCAGCGGGGACCAGAGAGCCAACAUCGGCGCCCUGCUGGCCAAGUAUCUCCAGCAAGCCAGAAAAGGUUCCAGUGGAAGAUUCUCAGUUAUGGGAAACAGGGUACAGAGCAUUGAUCCUACUCACAGGAUAAAUGACAGAGACUACAUGGGCUGGAUGGAUUUUGGACGCCGCAGUGCUGAAGAAUAUGAGUAUUCUUCCUGAAGAACACCAAACUAUAGCAAUGAGGAAAAAAAAAUCACACUCCCAUGUCUGUACAAAAAAAGAUAAAUCAAUUUGUUGUCCUUUUCAAAUCAGUGUUUUAAAGUAUUUAAAAUUAUGUACUUGACAUAAGUUUGUCUGUAAGACUAUACAAUGCAAUAUAUACAUAUGCAGAAUUUUCCAGAAAACAUUUUCUCUCUUUUGUGGUUUCUCAUACAUUGAUACUAUAUUAAAAUGAUUUCACUUAUCCCUCCUUGUCCUG